GGAAAUUCCACACAUAAAAUUAAUUUGUAAAUAAAUACUUUUAGUGUAAUUCAAUAUGUACAAUAAUAACAUGUAAUGUAAUUUAUAUAAAAAUUCUUGUAGAAUACUUGUUUAAUAAAUCAAAUGUACAAUAGAAACUCGUAAAAAUGGACUCUUCAGCCUAUGCAACACUGCCAAGAGUAGUCUUGGAAAAUGGUUCAGGUUACGUAAAGAUUGGAAUGGCCGGCAAUAGAAAGCCGCCACAUGUUAUUCCAAACUGUAUAGGCCAGCCAAAGAAGAAGGCCAGCUCAUAUUACAUAGAAACACACUCUUCAGCAAACUCAGAUGAAAAGGAUCGAUCACAAAGCCACUCAGUGUCGGAAUCCUCAGGAUUCGUCUCGGAUUCAUGUUACACACUGAUUGAGUAUUUCUGUAACAGGCCUCAAAUUAACAGUUUGGUCUACGACCCUGAUAGGCAGAGAAUGGUUUGGGAUAAAUAUAUAGGAAGAUCUCACCUUACUAAGAAAGACGGACUUAUUUCGCCUGGAAAUUACCUAUCAGUAAUCCCUGAAUCAACCUCAAUAUGUUUAACUGAGGCUAAUUUGUGUCCAGCACAGUCAAGGCAACUUUCAGCAGAAAUUAUUUUUGAGGAUUUCGGCUUUCCUUUGGCUUGUUUUUUAUCAUCGCAGACUGCCAGCGCAUACUUUUAUCAAAACUUUACCCCCUCAAGAGCUAAAAGUGAUCCUGUUUUGUAUUCAUAUCCUGAUUCUGUCACUUUAACUUCCCGUUCUAGUCCUAAUAAUUCGCAAACGAGCAAACAAGAACAUGAUCAAAGAAACAACUUUAAGGAUAUGAAUUUGUCAUGCUGUUUAGUGGUUGACUGUGGAUUUGGUUCAACACACGCAGUGCCGUUUGUUAACGGAGUACCAAUCCAGAAUGCAGCACUCAGAACUAAUUCAGGAGGUUCACAGUGCAACUCGUACCUCAAAAAUAUUACAGCUAUAAGAUCAGUCAAUUUGGAAUUCAAUGAACUUGUAGUACAACAUAUGAAAGAAGAAUCGUGCUAUGUAUCAUUGGAUUUUGAUUUAGAGUUAAAGGCGGCAAAGAGACUAAUAAAACUAUACGGAACACAUCUACUCUCACACCAGUACAUUCUACCAAUUUACACAUCCAAAUCGAAAACUUUGAUGUCUAAGCAUUUUACAAACUAUCGCAAAACCAAACCUCCGUUACUAAAUGAAAAUAAUGAAGAUUUGAUAAAGGCUCUCGUUUCAGGAGAAAUCACUGACAUUAAGCAACUGGAACCCACUAGUACAAUUUCAGAAAAUAAUACCGGUUCUAACACCCCUAAUGAUACAAACAACGAGGAUGGGAAUGAUGAUGCAAGAGAGGGCUUAAAAGAAUUGAAUGAAUUGAAUGGAGAGGAGUAUGAAAGAGACGAGGAUGAAACUCAAUAUGUAGAAUUGUUUGCAGAGCGGUUCAGCGUACCUGAAAUUAUAUUUAACCCCCAAGAUAUAAAGCUGAAUGAUUGCGGGAUUGUGGAGCUGGCGUACAGAAGUAUAUCUUUGUGUCCACCCGCAAUACAGCCGCUUCUUACCAAUAACAUCUUCAUUUGUGGAGGAACCACAAAGUUCCGUGGAUUCAUAAAAAGAUUUUACAAAGAUCUAAGACCAAUGAUACCUCAGGAGUGGGAUAUAAGACUAUACUCUACAGAUGAUCCGAUGUUGGCGUCAUUUUACGGGGCGAGGAUGUGGACGAACAACGACGCUGUGUUUCUUUCCAGCGCAAUCACGAGAUCUGAGUAUUUCGAAAACGGAGCAAGCGUUAUUAAAAUCAAAGAACAACCGAAAUCCAAAACGGAUUAUGUUCUCUGAAGAUAAACUGAGUUCCUAAGUCCUGUAUUACUCGACACACUUCCCUUCUAAUAUGUGCCGUGGGAUCUGUGAGAGUUGAGUCGAGAGUAGAUUCCGUAAAAUUGAACACGAAUGGGACUAGAUGGGUUCACUUAACCAGGAUUUAGUUCGGGAAUCUAUAAGAUGAAGAUUCCAGACGAUGUCACCCCCUAAUCACUCAACUGUAAAUCUUCUCAUCUUUAA